AUGCUGAGGAUCAUCGAGCCAUUGAUACUGCUCACCGAUUACACCGAGGAAUGUAUCUUUGGGAUAUACUACUACCACAAGGACAAUGUCAAUCUUCGGCACACCCCUUACCAGACACUGAACUCUCGACAUGGGCCGGCCGCAGUGAAGACUUGGUUGAUGAACAAGCAGAAGGAGUUUCAAGAACCCAUAUUGUCAGUUCCCGCUGAGUUCCCACAUGACGAGAACUCGAGGAGCACAAAUGUACAUGAAACGGCUCAUGAGUACUUCUUUCUGUCGUACAAUACCAAAGAUAAUUAUGCGGGCGAGGAGGACAAGUUCACCCCCAUCAAGUAG